GGAGAAGGGCUAGCUGCCUGGGAGCAAGGAUUUUUCCAUGUCGUGCACAGCCAUAAGACUACGUCAAUUUAUAGAUUCUACACCCUACCUCCCUCCAGGUACUGUUGUUCGUCAAGGAAAGGACAUUCAAGGGUUCUAUCCUGGGCAACUAGGACGGGUACAUAAAGUAUGCCUGCCUGAAACAGCUCCAGGACCUUUCAUAAAACUGCACCCAGCUCCAGUGCUGCAUGAAGUUGAAACUCAGUACCAACAUGACUUUGAUAAUUUAACUCUUAAGAGGUAUGUCCUUUUUCAAAGAACAAAGAAGGCAACUAACGACUGGUACAAGCAAACCAUGUACAAAGAAGAAUUUGCACUGCCAUUUUACAAUAUGGACUGUGAUGAGGAUAAAUACACACCAAGAACUGAUCCUGGACCGCUGACAAUCUGGAGAACCACUGCUGAUCCAAAAAAGUAUAACCUGCCCUUGCUUGGGAGAGAGAAGUAUUUCAGCUGGCCUUUAGGAAAAUAAAAGCAACCCGUUGAAGUUGAUUCUAGUUACAUGAGACUUUCAGAAAUCUGCUUCUGUUAAGCUAUACUGUAUCAUUUUACAGUGUAGUUUGAGUUGGUGAUGCUGCUUGGAAACCUUAAUCAAGUUUUAUCUGUGAAUAUGACUAUAUGGAUUACUUUGUACAAUAGAGUCAACAGUGGGGAAUGGACAUACUUAAUUCCCAGUGCAUGUUCUUGUUAGCUGUGCAUCUUGGGAAUAUAGUAAUCCUUAUUUAGUUACAUCAAGGGGAGAAUAGUCUCUCCAGGGCAAGGACAAUUUCAGAGACCACCCCUGGUAUAAGUGGGGAGCUCCCCUAGCACCAAAGGCCUCUAGCAGCCCUUUCCUGCCCCACAUGGCUGUGAGAAAAGCAACAGUGCUGGCUGGCAGUUUAAGAAACCUCAAAGGUUGUGAAAUAAAGAUAAUCAGCCUUUUUUUUUUUUUUUUUUUUAAAUUGUUCUUCCACCAAUAAGGGAGCAGGGAGGCUUAUUGCACUAUAUGAUACUCUUGAAAUCUAACAUUACCCACCCAUGCUACAAAUUCAGCUGUCAUAGGAAUCAAUGGAAAGCUUAAGCUAGGGCCUACUUACCCCAUUCUCCUAUGAAGCAGCUCAAGGGAGUGUGUCAAAACUGCAGGAAAAUAGAAGUGAACAUAGGAGAUCUUUCUCUACAACAUCCCCACAAGAGUGAGGGGCUUUAGCAACUGAGUUUGAUGGAGAGAAGGACCCCAAAACCCCCACAUUGCUUAGUCCAGCAGCAAUUGGGGCUUUCUAGAUGGAUGGCUGCUCAAUACAGCUCCACUGCAACCUUCUCUCUAGCAGAACUGGCCUGAAUGCACAAAAGGAGCUAGGCACUUAAGUGCCAGUUUUGGAAACACAGAAAUGCACAAGACUCCCACUGAAACUCUGUAGGUGCCUAAACUCACUUGGCUCUUAAGUUUGGGGGUUUUUGGGCAGUAAAACAUCCCUAGGCACUUAUCUUUCUGCCUCUGGGCAUGUACACUGCUGAGUCCCUGUGGUGUCUGGACACCUAUCUUCCACCUACAGCCCACCAUAAUUCAUGAACCAGGGAAGAUUGGUGGGAGAGAGAGAAGGCACCUUCCCUCAACCUUUAACCCAAUGGUUAGGGCACCAACCUGGGAUGGAGGAGUUCUUCCCCCCUCCCCCAGUUCAAGUCCCACCUCCUUCUGCAAGUAGGAAUGUCACUGAACUGGGGCUUGCUAGCUCUCAGGUUACUGCUCUAACUGUUGGCUGUGGAAUAUUCUGAUGUGGGCACUUCCUCAAGCAGGAGCGUUGAAGCUUUUGCACAAUGGAUAAAUAGUCAUUAGAGCAGGGGUGAUCCUGGGUUUCCCACAGCCCAGGUGAGUACCCUAACCACAGGGAUAAAAGUUAUGAUGGAAGUCCUCAAAUCUCCCACCCCAGGCUUCUUGCUAAAAUGGCAUAAGACACCUAACUCCAAGGAGGGUUCCCAUCUGUGAAUUGCAGAAAUAGGCUCCUUCCUGCAGCCUAGCCUUAGGUGCCUAUCUGAGACUGGGAGGGUGGGGGCUUAUCACAGCUCCCCACUCAGCAUCUCCCAUUGGCUGGGCAGCUCCCUCCAUCUCAUGCUAGCUUUUGUGAACCGCUCUAAGGUCUCUGCUGUUCAGCCUAAAUCAGCCUUUGUAUCACAUUUUUCCAGGUGCCUAACUCCUUUUGUGUAGUCUGGGCAUUGUUCCUUCAAAGUGCUUUACAAACAGUAAAAUGGCACUUAUUGCUCAUAUUGUGAAAUCAGCUGCAAUAACAUUUACUGUCUUCAAAAGGGUUUUAAAUCUCAAAAUUCUUUCUCCUUCCGCAAAAUGAAGUUAAUUUAGACUAAAAACAAACCAAGUGUUUCAACUCCCACUAUUAACUUUUACAGGAUGAUUUAAUUCAAUCUGCAGGGCUAAAGACUUCAUUCCUCUGUAUUGCAAAAGUUUACAGCAGUUUAAGGAGGCAAGACUUUUGGAUUGCCAAGAUAGAUGAGGAAACAAGAGGCCCUUUUACUUCUGGGUGCCUCUGACUAGUUCUGUGGUGAUUAUCAAAAAUCUCAUAAUUGAGGUUCUCUCUCUCUCUAUUUUUCAGUCUUCUGUCAUGCUGUGACUUCUCCCCCCACCCCCUACAUACUCAUUACAGAUUACUCUAUGUAAUGUCUAAACAGUUAAGCAGGAAGUGCUUCAUGAAUAGCAGUAAGAUAAGGACUAUCCUUCAAUCCUCCCAUAAUUCCCUUCCAAAUUACUUUAUCCUGGACACAUAACCCAUCCCUUUUUCCUUAGUAAUAUUCUUGUAAUACAGCACCCAUUAUUAAAAUUUCUUUGUUUCAUUAAUUUAUUUUCUUCUGGGGAAUAUUCCCGCUAACUUUCUCAAUCCAGAGACAAGUUGAUCUUAUUCUCCACCUAUUGCACAUUUAAUUUUGUGAUUAAGAUUUGUCACCAACUUUGAAUGUAUUUGCCGUAUUAGGUGAGUUUUUAGGUAUUUACAAAUACAAAGAAUAUAUUCAGUCUUUCACAAAGUUUAACCACCUACAUUUGACUGUGAAAGCUAUUUUCUUGUUGUCCUAAGUUUCCUAUAUUCCCCCUUGCAGCUUGAUUCAACUAAUCCAUUACAGCAAAGUCAGUAUCUAAAUUUGACCAGUUUAUCAUUUGGAAAUAAACUAUGCUUAUUUCCACCCGACUGAGAGGGGAGUACUCAAACUUCACAAUGCAGUGUGUGUAUUUACCUAAAAAACAGAAUAAAAUCAUGCUGUAAAGGCAACUUUUUUUUUUAAAUUGGAAACUUUAAGACUCUUAUUAGAUCAAGUAAGUGUUACAUACCACACUAUCAAAAUAAAUAGGUCUCCUUCACUUGUUUACAGCUCCAAGAUUAUUCAUGGAAAUAUUUCCAGGACAUAAUCCAAUGACAUUAAGCACAAACAUUGCCUUCAAUAGGUGUCAAAAGGUGAAUUCUGAAUCACAUUUUCAGAAUACAUUAAACAUCUCAACUGUGCCUUUGAUUUAUAUAGUUUUUAGGGCUGUUGAUUAACUACAGUUGACUCACGUGAUUAACUCAAAUUAAUUGUGAUUAAGCAGUUUUAAUCGCACUGCUAAACAAUAGAAUACCAACUGAAAUUUAAUAUUUUGGAUGUUUUUCUACAUUUUCAAAUAUAUUGAUAUAAAUUACAACACAGAAUAUAGUGUCCAGUGCUCACUUUUACAAAUAUUUUCACUGUAAAAAUAGUAUUUCAAUUCACCUCAUACAAAUACUGUAGUGCAGCCUCUUUAUCGUGAAAGCACAACUUACAAAUGUAGAUUACAUAACUGCACUCAAACAAAACAAUGUAAAAGUUCAGAACCUACAAGUCCACUCAGUCCUACUGCUUGUUCAGCCAGUUGCUAAGACAAACAUGUUUGUUUACAUUUGCAGGAGAUAAUGCUGCCCUCUUCUUAUUUCCAAUGUCACCUGAAAAAGUGAGAAUAGGCACUCUCAUGGCACUAUUGUAGCCAACCGUGCAAGGAAUUUACGUGCCAGAUAUGCUAAACAUUCGCAUGCCCCUUCAUGCUUUGGCCACCAUUCCAGGGGACAUACUUCCAUGUUGAUGAUGCUAGUUAAAAAAAUAACGCAUUAUUUAAAUUUGUGACUGAAUUCCUUGGGGGAGAACUGUAGGUCUCUUGCUCUGUGUUUUACCCGCAUUCUGCCAUAUAUUUCAUGUUAUAGCAGUCAUGGAUGAUGAUCCAGCACAUGUUGUUUGUUUUAAGAACUCUUUCACUGCAGAUUUGACAAAACGCAAAGAAGGUACCAAUGUGAGAUUUCUAAAGGUAGCUACGGAACGUGACUCAAGAUUUAAGACUCUGAAGUGCCUUCCGAAAUCUGAGCGGGAUGGGGUGUGAAACAUGCUUUCAAAAGUCUUAAAAGACCAACACUCCGCUGCGGAAACUACAGAACCUGAACCACCAAAAAAGAAAAUCAACCUUCUGCUGGUGACAUCUGACUGAGAUGAUGAAAAU